GGAACCUUUCAGGAGGCUAUGGUGCUUUUUUCAUGAAAGGAUCACUGCGAUCUUUUCCGCCCCAAAGCCAGACGCAAACACAACGAUUCUGAUUGUCGGUGCAGGUAAUCUCAAAGGAAGUUGAAAUGCCAACUCAUUGCUGAUACAGCAGCCAGGCUCGACUGGACUUGCACUGGCCCAAGGUUUGAAGAAGCUCGGCAUCCCAUGUAUGGUCCUCGAAAAACAUGAAAGCCUGGAUGCACAGUCCAGGGAUUGGAACAUGGGGUUACACUGGGGAGCAGAGUCACUCAAGUCCUUGAUACCCGGGGAAUUGUGGGCGCAGAUCCAAUCUGUCCAGGUUGACCCCAGUGAGCCAACUGCGGAGCACGACAGUCUUAAUUUUCUCAAUGCGCAGUCGGGUGAAACACUAGCCACCAUUCCUGUCCAGUACUUCUACCGACUCCGUCGCUAUAAACUUCGACAUCUCUUGGCACAAGGCGUGGACAUUCAAUAUGGCAAGACCAUGCAGGCAAUCGAGUACUCCGAUAAUGGCCAGCAUGCCACUGCAUUGUGUGAUGAUGGCCGAUCUAUCACGGCACGACUCGUGGUCGGCACAGAUGGUGCUCGCUCAACCACCCGGCAGCUUCUAUUGGGCUCUAGUGCCGGUCGCAUUCAUACCUUGCCCUACUGUGCAACAUUUGUGCAGGCAAGUUAUACCGCGGAACAGGCUCGUUUUCUCCGGAAGUUUCACCCGCUCUAUCUUGCCGGCAUUAACCCUGCGGGUUACUUUUCCUUCUUUGGUCUGCACAACGCCGAAGAUCCAGGCCGACCAGAGUCGUGGACGUUUUUCUUCUACAUCUCAUGGCACUCAACGCUGGAGGAGCAAGAGAGAACCGCACAGUGGACCAAUGCCAAAAGACUGCAGCAGGUUAAGGAAUUUGCUAAAACGUUUGUAGAUCCGUGGAAAAGCGCGUUUGAGUGGCUGGAAGAUGAUCACCAGGUUUGGUACAUGAACCUCACCGACUUUGAUCCCGGUAGCAGGGAUCACCGUUGGGAUAAUUAUGGCGGUCGCGUAACUCUCGCCGGGGAUGCCGCUCAUGCGAUGACAUAUCAGCGUGGCCAGGGCUUGAACCACUCCGUCACCGACGCCGCCAGGCUCGUCGAAUCCAUCGGGGAUUUUGUCCGUGGUCGGGUCUCGCAAUCCGAGGCGAUCGCAAAGUAUGAGAGCGAAAUGAUCAGUCGUGCGGGUGGUGAGGUUUGUUUGUCCUCCACCAAUACCGAAAUGCUGCACAAUUGGGAGAAGGUAUUAAGUUCUCCUGUGUUGAAUUCCGGCCUUCGGCGAAAUAAGGCCGAUCGUGCAGGAUGACUGCGAAUCAUUUCUGGGCAUAUUACUUAUCUUCACCUUCGCUUUCACUCUAUGUCCAACUUUGGUCCAUGCUUUGCGAUUUCACUGAUUAGGACUUGUUUGAUGUUUUCAUGUCGAAAUUAUAUAUGUUAAUAGCUUCAUAAUGAUAAGCCCACUUUAUCUCAUACAUUACUAUCCUAAAUGAGUCCACCAGGUUGUCUACCGGAAUUCAGCAUACUCAAAAUCUGCCGGAGCCAAACAACGCUGAAGUUCUCCAAAAGCAUACAACCCCAACAUCAUGCCUGUAAAUGGAGCGCCGAGGGGGAGUGAAGCCUCUGUCAUCGUU